GGUCUAAAUUAUAUGGAAAGGGCAAACAGCACCCGCUCGCUACUUGCGAAUUGAUUGACUUGUCCUUUUUUUUCUUUGGCAAUCAUGGCAGCAACUGCAGCCGUCGCUCAAACAAGGUUGGACAGAUUGGUCACCUUGUUAUCUUCAGGAUCAACUCCUGCGAUAAGAGCUACAGCUGCACGUCAAUUAGGUCAAAUUGCGGCUGUUCGAGUUAGGAGUGGAGAACAAGCAAGAGGUAGACAGCAUAUCACUCAACAGCAGCAAGCACAACAGAUACCAUCAGUAAAAACAGAAGAGGAUGAUGACGACGAAGACAAGAAAUGGAUAAAUACUACAGACAGCUCAGAUACAACAGCUCAGCCAGCCAACACUCGCACAAUAGAUGAUUCUACAUCCACCUAUCGUGGUAUCGAAGGUGAUUGGGAUCAAGCAAUUUUUCUAUUAGCCCGUGUUUUACCACAUCUCCGAUCAAAAACAUGGGACACCCGUGUUGCAGCAGCACAGGCAAUCGAAGCAAUCUGUUCUGCUUCAGGGAUUUGGGAUCCAGAUGUGAAGCAUGAAGACGCAUACAUUCAAACACAAUCAACAGAAGCUGGACCAUCUUCCAACAACAGCGAAGCAUCCUUACUAUCUUUUGAUAAUUUCUCACUUUCAAACGUGUUCUUGACCGGAAAGAAGCUACUGGCAUCUGCCGGAAAUGAAUACGACUUACCCACAUUCAGCUCUGUCGAAGAAAGGCUGGCACAUGCAAAGAGGGAUAUGCAACGGCUCGGUCUUGGCUCAAUGGCAGGUGUGGAUGUAGAUCUAGGUGUGGACAUGGAAAAGGAACUACUCGGUGGCGAAACACAACAACACCAAGGUGAACAGAGCGGAAGCGUGCCCAAAUCUGGCACGCAAACACCAGCAUCGUCCACUGUUGAGGAUGUCACACCACAGAUUGCACCAGAAGAGGUGGAUAUGAGCAAGUUGAGUGCACGAGAAAGGAAUCAACUUAAACGAAAACGAAAGUUGGAGGGAAAGUCUGGUCCCCAACCCAGUCCGAAGAUUCGAGUAGUAGAAGACCAAUCCAACGCACAAGGUGGUGCAACAUCUAUCAAAACGCCAACGAACGGGAGUGGAGAUUAUUUGACAGCAGGAAACAAGUCUUCCCUUCAAGCAACAUCACCUGGCGGCGAACAAGGUGCUUUGAGUCCCGGAGGUGCGGCAAUCGCAUCUGCUGCUGAUGCAACAUCAUUAGUGGUAAAAUCAGAUCAAUGGCCUUUUACACUUGUUUGUGCUUUGCUUUUAUCAGAUCUAUUUUCGCCAAAAUGGGAAGUACGUCAUGGAGCUGCUUUGGGAUUACGUGAAUUACUCAAAUUGCAAGGUUGUUCUGGAGGAAAGAUGUUAGGGUACACACAACAGGAUGAAAUGCAAAUUGACAGGAAACCAAUCACAAACACACAACGACAUCUUCAAUGGAGUGAAGAUAUUGCCGUUCGUUUGUUGUGUGUUCUGACGUUGGACAGGCUUGGUGACUUUGUGUUUGAUCAAGUCAUCGCUCCCGUUCGUGAGACUACAGGUCAAGCAUUGGCCAGUCUGAUGAAGUGGAUGGAGAUUGGUUCAAUAACAAAAGCGCAUAGUGUGCUAUUGGAAAUGAUCAGACAAGAUUUCUUGUUGGAUGGAAAGUCGUCACAAGCGGAAUCGUCUGCCUUGAAAGCAAAACGUGGCGUGAAGGGAUACGCUUGGGAAGUACGACAUGCAGGCUUGUUAGGAUUGCGAUACGAAGUGACUGUCCGCAAAGAUGUACUGCAGAGUGGGGGUAUUUUAGAGGAUGUUACAAAACUUGCAAUCAUCUGUUUGCGCGAUGAUGACGAUGACGUUCGAAGUGUUGCAGCAGCCACACUCUUACCCAUCGUUGAUCAAAUUGUGGAAAGGAUGCCGGGUAACGUACCUGUCCUUUUGGAUCAGCUCUGGAAUAGCCUCAUCUUGCUCAAAGAUGACUUGUCUAGCAGUACAGCCGGAGUGAUGGAUUUGCUGACAAAGCUCGUCGAGAAACCAAAGGUUGUUGCUGAGCAUCUCACAAAAGACCAAGAAUCGGCAAGAAUAGUUGUAGAAUUGAUUCCUCGUCUUUAUCCUUUCUUUAGACAUACAAUCGUCUCUGUCCGUUUGGCAGUUCUGAAUGCAUUACUCACAUUCUUGAGCAAUCCUGCUAUGCCUACCUCUUGGAUUGACGAGCGAUUGGUCAGACUAGCGUAUCAAAACUUGAUUGUGGAAGAACGAGUAUCUAUACGAGAAGCAAGUCUAAAGGUUUGGACAUCAUCCCUUGCAAUCAUUGUCAAGAAUGGAAAAGUGGAGAAAACGAUUGAGCCACAUAUUGCGAAGUUCUUUACGAUUCUAAUGACACCGUUGGGGACACCAAUCGAUUUUGCUCUAUUCUACAAAGCACCCAAUGCUUUCACAUCUCGCGAACAACAUAAUGUCGAUAAGGACAUCCUUACGCAAGAUCUAGCUUUGGUAGGCGUCGAUACAGUCAUAAGAGGUCGAUUGGGCGCAGCCAAGGUGUUGGGAUCUAUCCUUGCCGUUUCACAUGAAGCAGCGGGAAGUUCGACAUUUGGACCUGCAUUGCUUGAUUACCUUGGUUCUACAUCUGCAUUACAGAAGUGCUUGGCAAGUGUUGUGGUGCAAGAAUGGGCUGAACAUCUUACGAGGGAGAACACGAAGCCAAAGAAAGAGCACGAUCAAUCUUUCGACAUGCUUCAGCAUUCUCCUUUGGCCAAAGAUGUCCACGACAAGCUCUUGAACAUCUUGGAGUCUCCUGCUCCUUCGACAUACGCAGAGAUGGUAGUGAUGCUGCAACGUAUUCAGCGUCAAUCUCAAGGCCUCUACACCGCUUUUGAGCGAGAUGGAAAAGUGAAGAAAGAUCGCGUUCCCACUUUGCCUUCUCAAGUUGAUCCAACGGGACAAUUGCGAGACGGUUUCAGUAUUGAUACAGCCAAGAGUGUUGUCAGCACAGGAUUUGAAGGUCUAUCAAAACACAUCUCAGCAAAAGUCAAGAAUGCGGUUCAGCCUGCUUUGGAUGAUCGUCGUGCAAAGAUUAUCACCGAGAUUGGAUUUUACCAAAGCAUCAAAGAUCGACAAGAUAAUCAAGUGAUGGCAAGUGCUGCUGGUGCGGUGAUUGCUAUUGGUGCCUUGCCAGCAAAACUUAAUCCAGUCAUUCGAAGUGUGAUGAAUAGUGUCAAGUUUGAAGAAAAUGCAGAUUUGCAAAGGAGAUCAGCAUAUGCAAUCGCAAAUUUAAUCAAGUUAUGUCAAAAGCCAGAUGCACGAUCCAAUCCAAGCGAAAAGAUUGUCAAGAAUCUUUGUGCGUUUGUUUGUCAAGAUACAACCCGAACACCGGUCUUUGAUCAAGCAAAGCAAACGCUGAUUGGAAUUUACUCGUUGCUCAAGGAGAGAGAAGCACAGGCUGCAUUGGCUGCUACAGGAGGGCCUGGUCGCGGAAAGAGCAAGGCAGCCAUUCUCGCUGCUUUGCCAGAUAGCGAUGUCAACCUUACCGAGGAAGAACGAGAAGGUAGAAAUAUCCGUAGAGGUGCCGAAUUUGCUCUUUUGGAGAUCUGCAAUCAAUUUGGUGAUCAACUCUUCGACUCGCUGCCAACAUUAUGGCAGUCCAUGACUGGCUCUCUGAUUGACACUUUCAAUGCCCCGCAAGGAGACGUAGUUGAUGCUGAAGGUCAAGCUGUUAUUGAUUGUUGUGCAAUCAUUCAAGUUGUUGUGCCACAUCUUCCCAACACUGCACAUUCUCGCGUCACUUCACAAAUCCUGCCAAGCUUAACACAAGCUAUCAAGAGCAAGUACAGCGUGAUCAGAUCGAAUGCUGCAAAGACGUUAACAAUCUUGGCCGAUUGUAUGCUACAAGAUGUCAUGCUUCACGUCGUCAAAUUCAUUCUCCCGUUGCUGAGCGAUUCGAGCAAUGCAUCAUAUCGACAAGGUGCCGCUGAAUUGAUCUCCUUCAUCGUCGAUCAACUUGACUUAAAGAUCUUGCCGUACGUGAUCGUGCUAAUUGUACCCAUCUUGGGCCGCAUGAGUGAUCCAGAUGAAGACGUACGAUUGAUGGCCACAAACACUUUCGCUUCUUUGAUCAAGAUGGUUCCUCUUGAAGCUGGCUUACCUGAUCCGCCAGGUUUGCCGGAAGAACUCAUGACGAAAAGGCAAGAUGAGAGACAAUUCUUAUCGCAAUUGCUUGACGGGACCAAAGUUGAAUCCUACACACUUCCCGUUCCAAUCAAAGCUGAUUUACGAAAGUAUCAAAUGGAAGGUGUUAGCUGGAUGGCAUUCUUGGCCAAGUUUCAAUUGCAUGGAGCCUUGUGCGAUGAUAUGGGUUUAGGCAAAACCCUGCAAUCGAUUUGCAUUUUAUCCAGUAAGCAUUUCGAACGUGCUCAACUCGGGGAAGGCUCGCAAUCAAGCACUUCCCGUAAACUGCCAUCAUUGAUCGUUUGUCCGCCAACGUUGACAGGACACUGGUGUCAUGAAAUCAAGCAAUAUGCAACGAACCUGAAACCGCUUCUAUAUGCCGGUCAACCUGCCGAACGAGCAAAGCUACAGAAACAGAUUCAUUCGCAUGACUGCAUAGUGACCUCGUAUGACACUGUCCGCAACGAUAUCGACUUUUUAUCAAAGAUCGAAUGGCUCUACUGCAUCCUUGACGAAGGUCAUGUGAUCAAAAGCGCAAAAACAAAAACGACCAAAGCUGUCAAGCAGAUCCGAGCGGAGCAUAGAUUGAUUCUGUCGGGUACACCAAUACAGAACAAUGUCUUGGAAUUGUGGAGCUUGUUUGAUUUCCUAAUGCCUGGAUUCUUGGGUACGGAGAAGCAAUUCAUGGAACGAUAUGGAAGACCGAUUCUUGCUUCCCGCGAUGCAAAGGUGACCGCAAAAGAACAUGAGCGUGCUUCUUUGGCUUUAGAGUCAUUGCACAAGCAAGUUUUGCCGUUCCUAUUACGCAGAAUGAAAGAGGAUGUAUUGGCUGAUCUACCACCAAAGAUCAUUCAGGAUAUCGGAUGCGAGAUGAGCGUCGUACAAAAGCAGCUCUACGACGAAUAUAUGCGUCAACAGAAAUCGGAAGAAUUUGAUGAUUCCAAUCUUGAACGUGAAGGAGCUUCGCAAGAGAAACAACACAUCUUCCAAACGUUGCAAUACUUGCGGAAAUUGGUCUGCCAUCCGUCAAUGGUAUUCAAUCGCUCCAAUGCACGUCACAAGGAGAUCGAACAAGCCUUAAUACGUUCAGGCAAGUCGUUGAACGAUAUCGAGAAUGCACCAAAGCUGUUGGCCCUCAAACAACUUUUGCAAGAUUGCGGUAUUGGAGGUGCAGAACAAGUGACCAAUUCGCAAGAUGCAUUAACUGCUGGCUUAGAUGAUGCAGAUUCGGCAGGCAUUUCACAACAUCGAGUGCUAAUCUUUUGUCAACAAAGGCAAAUGUUGGAUAUCAUCGAGAAAGACUUGUUCCAAAAAGACAUGAAAUCGGUCACGUUUACCAGAUUGGACGGAACUGUUUCGUCGGACAAACGAUUUGAGAUCGUUCAAAGAUUCAAUUCUGAUCCUUCAAUCGAUGUGUUGCUGCUCACAACAUCCGUUGGUGGUUUAGGCUUAACGCUAACGGGAGCAGAUACAGUCAUCUUUGUUGAACAUGAUUGGAACCCGAUGAAGGAUAUGCAAGCGAUGGAUCGAGCUCAUAGAUUAGGUCAAAAGAAGGUGGUGAAUGUGUACAGAUUGAUCACGAAAGAUACUUUGGAAGAGCAAAUUAUGGGAUUGCAAAGGUUCAAGUUGAACGUGGCGGGUAACAUCGUCAAUCAACAAAACAAAGCUAUGGAUAGCAUGGAAACUGAUCAAAUCUUAGAUCUAUUCAAUGCCGAUAGUGGCGAUGAUCAAAAGAAUUCUGCUGAUCCAAAUGCCGCCAAAGGCAAAGGCGGUCUCUCUCAGAAGGCAUUAUUGGCAAGUUUGGAGGCCAUGCCAGAUACGGGAGACGAUUAUGCUGGCUUGCAGGAUUGGUCUGCAAGUUGAAAAAGAGGGAGAGGGGAAAACAUCAUUACUCAUUGUAUCAUACUGACAUAUUCAAUGACAGAAGCAUUUACUGAAUUCGUCAUGACCAACGGGCCGACUGGCUAAAUCACAAAGGAAGGCGGAUAGAGUGAAAUGAAUAAGUGACCUCUUUGAGUCGACAAAUGGCAGGCAGAUUGCCGAUGCUCAGCGCGCGGCGCAGC